AUGACGGCCGACGAUUUCUUAGCCACCUUCGUGUACCGGCGGUUGUGCCUACUCCAACGCCGGACACACAAGAUGUGCUUUUACGGUGGUCAGUUUGACCCAAACCGGGUGUCCACCGUCCGGCUUGAUCAGGCUGCAGUCCGGCGCCGGGUCAAGGCGAUCGCGAAGACGAGUAUGCCGGAGCGCUGGGAAUGGGGUAUGCCGGCAUACAGCCGGAAGCACCGUCCGCCCCCAAGGUUCACCCUUCAGCGCAACGAAGACAGGAAGUCCCCGGAUAAACACUUUGGGAGCCAACGAACGACCAUCGACCAUGAAGAUCCGGACUCAGAGGAUCACAUGCCGAUUGCUCAUGCCAGCCCCCGUCGCACCGAAGCUGACUCGGACGAUCCCGUCGCUGCUGAGGCAUCGGGUCCAGCACGCACUGCCGAGAAGGACCUUCCGAGAACCAUGAAGCGGAAGAAAGUCGCCUCUCGUGGACCAAAGCCGAAGCCCAUGACUGUUGGGGUGGCUUUGACGGCCAUCCAAUCUCAGACGUGUAUUGCGUCUGAGAUCCCGGCAGCUCCAUCUCCUCGUGCUGAGCCCGCAACUCAGGCCACGGGAGAGGCCGAGACUACUGCGGAUCCGACAUCCCCCGUCCAGGAUGUCAGCCCGAGCAUCGAUGCUUCGAGCAUUGCACAAGCCGGGACGUCCGCAGUCGGGACUGCUCCUUCAUCGGCGGCAACAGAGACAAAAACGGAGCCUCCGGUCACGGAGACUCCUCAGCAGCCGGCCACAGAGCCCAAAGGACCCCAAGGACCGCAGACUACAACGACAGAGCCAUCACCGCCACCGCAGCUGCAAGCUACUCAACUGGCGGCUGCACAAGCCAGGAAAACUAGGAGCUCCGCUAUCCCGGCGGGACAAGCGCCUCUAAGUUCUUCCAGCUCGCAGGGUGCCCGUGGUAACCAGGGAGUUCCCCUUAGGACGACCAACGGGCACAGCUGGGGGUCGCUGGACCAGUUCGUAAUGGACUGGAACAGCUCCGACAGCUAUGAGGUGACCUCCGGCAGCCUCCAGAUAGCGCAGCAGAGCCCUCUGGUGGGGCCCGCACCUGUGGCGACUCCGGAGUCUGUAUCAGCCUGGAUGUUUCAGGCGAAGGUCGCCUUGUUUGAGUCCAGCCGAGCUGCAGAGACCUGCAUGAACAAGCGCACUUCCAUCUUUAAGGUCCUGCUGGCGAAGCACAAGAAGCUGACAGCGGAGCACAAGGCCAUUUCUGUAACAUACUUCUGCCAACCAGAUGAGAAGACUCGGCUGGAAGAGCAGCACCGGGACGAAGUGGCCCGGCUGAAGGCGCAGCUCAAAGCUCAAGCGGAGGCGCAUAAGACCGAGGUAGGUCAACUGAUCUUGGCUCUCUCCGCCCAAGCUGACGAGAAAAUCCGCGUAGAAGGCGAAGUGCAGAAAUCCAAGGAUCUCAUCGCCGAGGUCGAGACCCGCGCCAGUACUGCCGAGAAGGAGAAGGCCGAGAACGCAUGCCUACUCAGCGUGUGCCGGCGUGACCUCAUCAAAAUCGACACAAUGCUGACUACUGCCGUGAUCAAGGCCCGCAAAAGGAGGGAUCCAGCCGAGGCAGCACCCUUUGAAUAUGACUUGAAGGAUUACUUGGUUAGCAUUGUGAGCCGGAUAAAGCCUCUGAAGUCCUUCGGGGUGAAUAUGCUCAAUGUCGGCAUCCGGGCCUUCCGAGCAUUGUGGCCGGGAGAAGAAGCUCCAACCGGCAUCCUAGAACUGGCCAAGCGCCUUCUGGAGGUGGAGGACCGGCUGAAUGAAUGGCGGGAGUCAGCCGCUCAUGUCGGCGCCGACGAGGCGUUGUCGUUCGUACUCUCUUGGUACGACGACAUUAACCUGGAUGUGCUGCAAUCGAUGCGAGUCGGCUCCCCCUUCCUCUCAGAUCCAGAACUCAUAGCGAAGCAGCAGGAGCGGGCCUACUCCUUUAUCCAAUAUGCCGAUUUGCAUAAAUUUGUGGAGGGCCCGAUUUCAGAGGCAGAUGCCGAGAUGGCCGAGGAAGAAGACUAG